AUUCACUAUAUACGGUCUCCCACAGUACACAGAGCAUUGAAGUGCAAUUAUUUUAGUAAAUAUAAACUGCUAAAUACCUCUUGUGACUUCUAUCAGUGUCCAGCUGAGCAAGGGUUAAAGUUUGUAGGAGGAGUUUUCAUUCUUCUAUGACUGCCUUAUGAGGCUGCAUAACCUCUAACCCUCUGUCUGGACAGUGCUGAUUUGUCCUGUGUAGAUCACAUGCACUCUCGCAAUACACACCAAACUGAGCAUGCACAGAGUCACUGCAAGGACACUUAUCAGGAGACUAGUUGGGGACACUGGAAGAAGGGGAGGAUCAGAGAAGACAGGAUCAAACAGCCUUUUUACACAAUGCAGAGGAUUAACCCCUUAGUUUCCACAGUGAGUAUAACAAGUAUGCUGUACUGCAUCUACAGACUGAUUUUACUGUUAUGGGUUUAG